CCCUACUCUGAUCCUCACUUUCCAUUGUUCUUUCAGAAUCUCUCACAUCUUGCCUUAUCUUCGCUGCUUAAACGCGCUUCAGAUCGAUCAUAUUUUCUGAAAUGGAGGGUUCGCAAAGAAAGAAGGCUGCUCAAGACCGUCGACUUAGUAUUAUCGACGUUUCGUCGGCCGACGACUCCCUUCUUGAUCCCCUUUCGGGGAAUCCUGACAAGCAAGAUUCGGGCCACCUUUCCGACAACCAAGAGCAGGCAGAGUUGCUGGACACUCCGAACUCAAGAAAGUUUGAGGAUGCAUCAAGCAAACUUGAAGAGUGGGAGCAAGAGCCCCGACCAAGUGAAACCUUUGAAAUGGGAAAGACAAAGAAAAACAAGUGCAAUCUGCGUAAAAGUUUAGCUUGGGAUAGUGCUUUCUUCACAAGUGCUGGUGUUUUGGAUCCUGAGGAGUUGUCCAGCAUAAUUGAAGGUGUAGAGAAGGAUGAAAAGCAUGCGUUACCGGGAAUUAAGGAGGAUUUAUACAUGUCUUGUGAUUCCAUAUCUACAUUAGAAAGUGAUAGCUUGACGCUGGAAAGUCUAGAGGCUGAUUUAUUUGAGGACAUAAGAGCUUCAAUUCAGAAAUCAGGCAAGAUGUCUGAUGCGGCAUAUGGAAAGAGCAAAGUGUCGUCAGGGGUAGCAGGAUUCCAGACUGAUGACUGUAAGCAGCCAUUACCAGGAAUUAAAGAGGACGUGCACAGGUCCUGUGAGUCCAUCUCUACAUUAGAAAGCGAUACCUUGACUCCAGAAAGUAUGGAGGCUAAUUUAUUUGACGAUAUAAGAGCUUCAAUUCAGAAAUCGAGCAAAACUUCCGAUGUGCAGCUGGAUAGAAAUAGCCCAGUGCCAUCAAGGGUUGUAGGACUCCAGACUGGUGACGUGUUAGAGACGACUGGAAUGACUUCUGGGAACAAGUUGAGAGCCUCAUCUUCUAAGAAUUCAAGUACUACCAGCGUGCAACUAUCGGGAAGAAUGACCAAGAAUCAUGCCCGUCCCCCAGUUUUACAGAAGCUCAGUGCCAGGAGGGGAGAGCCAUCUACUGUAAAGCAACCUAAGUUACCUGCCAAGUCAACUCCAGGUUUAACCAUGUCAACAAAGAGAGCCUCUCUUGGUGGUCUGCAUGCUGCAAGUGAAAGGGACAAAACAAAACGAGUAGUUGGCAGUGUGUGUACAGUGCCCAAAGCACCCACUGUAAGGGGUCCUGGAGGUAUGGUGCCUAAGACGACAAUAACAUCCAAAUCAUCCUCAGCUCCCUCAGUUGCAACCAAGACAAAAUCAACAUCCACAUCUUCUGGUAGAAACUUAUCUGGUAACACCAGUAAAUCUCCUUUGAAUUCCUUGAAAAGAAAAGUUGAUGCUGGCGCCAUUAAGCCACCUGCAUCUGGCUCAGCUGUCAGGACACCAUCAAAAGUUGGUCCGAGAAAUAAAGCUGAGUCGGGGAAUUGUAGCCUCUCAGGUUCAAUGUCUGUAACCAAGCUCUCUUCUAGCAUUUCACCUGCUAGCUCUGUCAGUGACAGGUCUUCAGAGUCUUCUUCAUCAACUUGUAUGAGUAAAAAUAGGUCUAAUAGUUCAAGGACUAGCAUUGAUAGCAGCUCUUGCAGAAAGGUCUUGUCAGACACUGAUACACGACAGGUUUCAAGUUCUCUGAAUUCUCCAAGUGAUUCAAGCUUGGAAGGGCGGGAGAGUCAGUUGAUUGGCUCGGUCGGUCAGUGUGCAAGGUCCGUUUCUGGAGGAACAGCUCUUCCAUCGGCUCCCACGAGACCAUCGGGCCUUCGAAUGCCUUCACCAAAGAUUGGCUUUUUUGAUGGGAUGAAAUCGUCUGGGCGCACCCCUUGUGGGGGGAAACAGUCGCAAUCUCUUGUACCUCGUGGCUUGCCCCAUGGAAGUAGCGUCGGUCCAACUGAAGGCCAAAACAAAGCAAACCUUGGAAAAGUUCAGCCAGCUAGAUCUAACUUGUCAAUAAAAAGAGCGCAACCCAAUAACCAGCAAACUUCACAACCAAAUCCUGUUCAUGAAUCGCUGGGUGUAGCGGUUAUGACGUCUAGCGCUUUGCAGAAUGCUGAAAGCUCCUCUGAGAUGUCCAUGGAAGUUCCAAACAAGACUGUUCUUGAAAGCACUGCCGGAAACACAAGUAACAUGACCGAAGGACAUCCCGUAGGAAUGCAAGAGCUCAAUCUUUGUUUGACACGCAACAUUAGAAUUGCUGAUGAAAAGCCUAAUAAAAGUGAUUCUAGUUCUACUUGUGAUGUUGAAAAUUCAGCUCGUGAGAUUGCUGGAGAAGGCCCUAAAUGUGGCAAAGUUGACAAGGUUGAAGGUUCGGUUCUUCAUGAAGCAAUGGACACUAAGGAAGCAGUGGACAGUUCCAUGGAUAAACCGAGUCCAGAAGGUGCUAAUAACAUGCCUUCACUGAAUAGCAUAGACAACGUUCGUAUUGUCGACGAACAUAAUCCUAGCAUUUCAAGCGCUACGGAAAUUGAUAGUUUGAGCUUUCAACUUGGAGGUAUGGAUAUAAAUUCGAAGAUGCAGAAAAAAUUCGACAGUCAUUCUCUUUCUUGCUCUCUGUCCGAUGUCAACUCCCAAGAUGAUCUCAAUGUUAUCGAGUUACCUAGUCGCAAGGAGCACGUUGACUGUCCUAAAGUGGAAGAAUCCUUCAAUGAUCUAAAUUCCCUUGGUCCUUGUUCACCUGCUCGCACAAGGAGACCCUUUGCUGUGAAAGACUCCUUUUGUAAUAUGGAUGGCUUGUUCAGAGUUUCUACAGAUUCGUCAGUUGCAGAGGUAAAAUCAAACUUGUCCUUGCCACAGACUCAAAGCAUGAGCAAAGAAAACUGAGGUGGCCUUAAAAAGUUGGGCUAAAGAUUCUUUACAUUUCCUGUUUUGUUCGAAAAUUGCAACCAUAGAAGUGUUGAUUCUGAUUGGAGUUAUCCUAUUCAGGCUAUUGAAUAGAAGAAUUAUCAUUCCGAUUCCGAAGCACAACGUAAAAUUUAUGUUAAUUACAUUGCCAUCCUAUACAUAAUCGACCAAAAAGAAACCGCGGAGUUUU